AUGCAGGGCGCCGCCUCCCUCGACAAGCACGCCCAGUUCUCCCUGCGCUUCUUGGCCUGGCCGCCCUCCCUUCUCCUCCUCUCCAGUCUCCUCCCCAUCAUGCCAAGCGAAAAGGCUAUGAGCUUUUGGGGUUUCUUCCACGACGACGACGGCUGCGCCGCGCCCGACAUGGAGGAGUUCCCCUACCUCUCCGACGCCGGUCCCGGCGUCCUCACGUCCUCGCCGCCGGUACGCAGCGCCUCGCCGUACUUCUUUAUCAACGUCUUGGCGGACGGACCAGGCCGUGACCGCGGCGGCGGCGUGAAGGUGAAGCGGAGCGCCUCGGUGGCGGAGAACGAUAGCCGGUCGGGGAUAGACCACCUCGACACCGUCGUCUCUGCCGGAGUCGACUUCAGCGCCGAUGAUGCGGCGGAGCUCGGCCGCUCCGGCAAGCGCAACAGGACGACCUACGGCCGCCACACGCCGGACCAGAUCCAGGAGCUCCAAGCCUUCUUCCGGGACUGCGCCCACCCAGAUGGCAAGCAGCGGGCGGCCCUGGCCAAGAAGCUCGGCCUCAGGCCCAUCCAGAUCAAGUUCUGGUUCCAGAACCGGCGCACGCAUGUGAAAAGGGAGGCUCUGCAGGACGAGAACGCGCAGCUGCAGAUGGAGAACGACAAGCUGCGCGCCGAGAACGCGUCCAUCCGGGAGGCGAUGAUGCACCAGGCGUGUGGCGGCUGCGCCCACCCGUCCUCGGCGGUCCUUCGGGGGUCGGCGUCCCGGCAGGAGGAAGAGGACCUGCGCGUCCAGAACGCCAGCCUCAGGGCCGAGCUCAGCCGCUUCUGCGCGCUCGCUUCCAAGCUCCUCGGCAAAUCCAUCUCCCUCCUGGCGCCACAACCGAUGCCAGGGGAGUGUGUUGGCUCACUUCCGUCGUCGGCCACAGUGGCCAACUCCACGGUCACCGAGUUCACUGCUGGCAGCGGCUGCUCAAUGGCCAUGACGAAGGCUGGCGUUGACAAGUCCGUGUUGAUGAAGCUUGCAGCGAGCGCGAUGGAUGAGCUCGUCAAGAUGGCGCAUAUGGAUGAGCCGCUCUGGACUCCAGGUGUUCCCUUGCCUGGCUCCCUCGCCAAGGGCACACUGAACCACGAAGAGUACCUGAACAUCUUCUCGCCGUGCAUCACAGGGGCGAGGCCUGCGGGGUUUGUGUCCGAGGCCUCUAGGGAGUCCGGCAUUGUGAUCAGUGACAGUAGUGCUGCGCUUGUGGAGACCCUCAUGGAUGAGAGACGGUGGUCCCAUAUGUUCUCGUGCAUCAUCGCCAAAUCAUCGAUCAUGGAGGAGAUAUCGACUGGAGUUGCAGGAAGUAGAGAUGGUGCAUUGCUGCUUAUGCAGGCAGAGCUUUGUGUUCUUUCACCUCUUGUCCCUGCUAGGGAGGUGACCUUUCUCAGGUUCUGCAAACAGUUGGGUGAUCGUGCGUGGGCUGUAGUGGAUGUUUCCAUUGAUGGAUUGGUGAUGGAGCAAGGCCUAGCUGUGAAAUACACCACUGCAAACAUGAGGUGCCGGAGGCUGCCUUCUGGUUGUGUGGUGCAAGAUACCGCCAAUGGCCUCUGCAAGGUCAUAUGGAUUGAACAUACAGAAUAUGAUGAAUCCUCUGUGCACCAACUCUACCGGCCUCUCCUUCGUUCUGGCCUCGCCCUUGGUGCAGGGCGGUGGUUCGCGACACUACAGCGCCAGUGUGAGGGCUUGGACAUUCUCAUGCCAUCUGUCACAGCACCGAAGCAAGACUCAUCAGAUGUCAUGGUGGAUGGAACACGGAGCUUGCUGAAGUUGGCGCAGAGGAUGAUGGACAACUUCCGUGCAGGGGUGAGCACAUCAUCUGCUGCAUGGAGCAAACUGGAUGGCUUCACAGGCAACAUUGGGGAGGAUGUGCGUGUCAUGGCAAGGCAGAGUGUGGAUGAACCAGGGGUGCCACCUGGUGUGGUGCUGUGUGCUGCCACAUCAGUAUGGAUGCUUGUAACACCCAAACGGCUGUUCAACUUCCUGUGCAACGAGGAAACACGUGCUGAAUGGGACAUCCUAAGCAAGAGUGGCCCUAUGCAGGAGUUGACAAAAAUUGCCAAGGGGCAGCAGGAUGGCAACGCUGUAUCUCUGCUGAAGGCCAAUGCCAUAGACCUACAGGACAGCAGCAUUCUGAUCCUACAGGAGACAUGCACAGAUGCAUCUGGCUCGAUGGUCGUGUACGCCCCGGUGGACAUCCCAGCAGUGCGCCUUCUCAUGGACGGAGGAGGUGACUCAAGAUCGAUUGCGCUAUUGCCAUCCGGUUUCGUUGUUCUUCCUGCCGGGCCUAGCAUAUCUGGAGACGAGCACAAGGCGUGCGGCUCGUUGCUCACCGUGGCAUUCCAGAUACUUGUGAACAGCAGCCAGCCCACCGGAAAGCUCACCAUGGAGUCAGUGCAGACCGUGAAGACCCUAAUCUCUUGCACCAUCAACAGGAUCAAGACGGCGCUGCAGUGCAAUGAUGUCUGA